GCCAACUACCAUAGCCUUGCUUUCUCUCAAUACCUUUGGUAUUUGUAUUUAUUUGAAUAGCCUCAUAUACCGUAAAUACAUAUACAGAUAUACAGAUAGAUAUCUUAUAUCUAGAAAUUAUACUAAAAAAAAUGUUGCAUUAGGUAGAGACCACAACAUCCAACAGUAACGUUUGCUAGCAUGCUAACACAGACAAAAGUGGUUUAGUUACCUGUAUCUUUGCAGCUAAUUUUAGCGAUUUUUCCUUUUGAUAGACGGAAUCGUAACACUGACCAACCUGAACAAAAGUAGCUAAAAGUGACUAUCUCUUAACUGUAGCUAGCUGCUCAUAGACACUUUACCAUGAUGUCCGCAGCCAUCAUAACCUUCCAGUCGCAGCUCUCCGGCGUCAUGGAGACGGUCCUUAAGUCAGCCAUGUACGAGAUCACCAGGCUGGUGGAGGAUAGUUUCCUGGAGGAGGUGUCCCGGAACCGGGAGCAGGUCGAGUCACUGAAGAAGCGGCUGCAGUGGUCGGAGAACAGAGAGGGAGACCAGAGGGGGAAGUGUGGGGAUUGUGGGAAAGCUGGCAAGGAAGGUCAUGAGAUAAGCUUAGGAACUUCACAGACAGGUGUGGAGAGGGGGUGUGGCCUGAAGCAGGAGAAGGUACCAGAGGAGGAGUGGAGCAGCUGUGGGGGUGUGACCAGGGAAACAACCUUCGAUGAUCUGGAGGAGGCUGAGGCCACCAGCCCUAGGAGAACCUCUGAGUCCACAGAGGUCGGAGGUCAGAAGCUGGACAGUCUGCUGAAAGAGGAGGCUCUCCACAACACUGAGCUACAGGAGAGAUGGGAGUUCUGCCUGGAUGAGGCUGAUGGUUCAGACGUCUCUGGGCCCAGUAAGAGUUUUAUUCAGCAGGAGCUGCAGCAGUGCCAAGAUGAGUGGAGAUCCAGUCUAGACCAGAGGCCUGAACUACCAGGCCCCGAGGGACACUCAGGGGACCCCACCGAACCUCUCUACCGCCCCCACUAUAGCAUGGAGGAACUAGGGGGUGACUUUGAGAAGUCUGGUUACUGCAGUGGCGGUAGUGGCGACCAUCUUCUAGACAUGGAAGGGCUGGAUAGGCUUCCUGGUUCUCCGUCUCAUCUGGGAGCGCUGAGCUACGGAGCUGUGGGUCACUACCAAGUGAACCUGGGGGGUUUAAGGGGGCGACCAUCGCCAUCGCUCCCACAUGCCUGGCCCCCAUCGGAUCCGGAGGGAGCAGGUGGAGUCGCCAACGCCAUCUCCCCACCCAGAGAGUUGGGUAACAGAGCCAGCCACCGAGCCAUCCACUCUGGAAGCUCAGCCCACAACAACAGAAAGAGCCCGGAUGAUGCCGCUGACGAUUUUGGACUCUCUCUAAACCUCAGAGAUCGUUCACAAGAGCAGGUAACAGGAGUAGGGGGGAGGCGUCAUGCCUGCAAUCAAUGUACCAUGACCUUCCCAGAUGCUGGUUCCCUCAAGACCCACAAGCAGACACACAAAACAGGGAGAGGGACGAGUUCAGGGUCUGGGCCUCCAUACUCCUGCACCCAGUGUGGUAAGACCUUCACCCAGGCCUGCAACCUCAAGGUCCACCAGCGGGUCCACCAGGCAGAGGGACUCCACCUCUGCAGCCACUGCUCCAAGGGCUUCACCUCCUUCUCCGACCUGAAGAGGCACAAGUGCAGCCAGACCACAGACAAGCCCUACUGCUGCUCCAUCUGUGGGAACAAGUUCAGUCGGCUCUGGAACCUCAAGCUGCAUCAGCGCAUUCACACGCAGGAGAAACCCCACCGCUGCACUAUGUGUGACAAGAGCUUCACCCGGGUGGACAUUUUGAAGUUUGGCCGGGCGGCCAGCACUAGGAAGAAUGAUGGGGGCCACUGUGUACUUGUGGACCUUCUAUGA